UCUACGACUAAUCGCUCAUCAAUUACUUCAAUUUGAGCAACAAUUUUCUAUUACGAACAGCGUUAUGACGACGGUUAUAAAAUGAUUAUAAAGCUAACCCCAACGUGCUCGUGAGGAAGGAAAAAGAAAGAAACGUGAAGUACAUAAUUGCGCGCGUGCGUGUGUGUGUGUGUAUGUGCACGUUAUUGUUCCUACUUCACUGCAUCACACAAGAUUAUUUCUUAAUGUUUUCAAUAUCCUCCUUUCCUGGAAAUUGAAUAUAAAAUGUUAUGCAAAAGCUUUUUAUUUAUGGCAAAUACCAACUUAUUGAAGAGAAGUAAACGUUUUUUAGAUGUUAAGCGUUACAUUAUGAUAAGUAGAAAUGCACACACAGAUUCUGAAAAGUCAGAAAACAAUGAUAUAAAGAAGCAGAACAAAAUGAUUAAAAAAACAAAGUCAAAAGAAGUGCAAACAAAUAAAAAAAAUACAAAAAAGAGCAGUAAUCAACGUUUCAUUGAGUAUUCAGACAAUCUUGAUCUGAAAAUAAUACAUAUGCAUCCAAAUGUAUUGAUGAAAACAGUUGGAAAUGAUAGAAAUUUAUUAUACUUGAUUGAUAAUCAUGCGGCUGCGGAAUUUGCUUCUAUGAUCAAAGAUGAUUUGUUAAAAGAUACAUGCUUUGUUGCUGAAUUGAAUCCUGGCGUUGGCAUGUUAACAACAGAAUUAUUGAAAGCUGAUAUACCGUUGAUCCAUUUGUACGAAGAAAACAAGGUAUUUGAUCCAAUAUUGGAUAGUCUAAGCUAUACUUAUCCAGGCAGAUUAGAUCGAAGAAGAUUCAACCUCCUUAAGAUAAACAUUCUAUUACACAUUGAUAAGAUAACAAAUAGAGAUGAGAUGCAAAAGGUUUUUCAAGGAGUAGAAACUAAGAGGUGGGAAAACACCUGUAUGCAAGUGAUAGGCAUGACUAGUACCAUGAAAUUUAUCAGACAUGUUGUAUACAGUCUAUUGUUCCGUAAUUCAUUCAUGACCUAUGGCAGGACUGUUUUCUACAUGGCAAUAUCUCCAACCAUGUGGCAUAAAUGCACAUGUGAUAACAAACAGAAUACCAUGUACACUACAUUGAAGGUACUGUUUCAACUAAUGUUUGAUUACAAGCUACUAGGAAAAUUGAAGAGAAAAGCUUUCCUACCUUGGCCAAUGAAAAGAAAGAAAAAAAGAAGAGGACAUAGAAAUGAGAUAUUGGACGAGUUGGAUUACAAUGAAAUGUUUGUUGUGAAACUUGAACCAAAGGGUGACAUGUACUCGAUAUUGUCGCAAGAAGAUUGGAUAAUAUUUUGGUAUUUCGUUAGACACACUAUGCGCAGACGCAGCAACAGAGUGAUACUUGAAAUUGAAAAAUGGAUACCAGACAGCGGAGUGAAGAUAAUAGCACAAUUCAAUCACACGAUAUUCACAGAAUUCGGUGAUUUAACACCUGAUGAAUUUCUAAAACUUUUUAAGGAAUUUCAAUCGUGGCCGGAGUAUAAAACGUCUAGCUUUCUCGAUUCCAUGAAGGACGCUCUGAGUAUGUUCGACGAACCGGCAGUUCUACAACUUUAUGCUAAACAGAACAAUAUGCAAGACCAAUCUUAACUAUGUUGUGUUUUUUCACGAGUACGUCCGUAAUAGAUAGUAAUGUUUUGUACUUUAUUCGAGCGUUUUAUCACAGAAAUCAGAUGUAAAUAUUAUCAUGAUCGGUGCGUAUAUAAAACGUAUGUGCCGUUUGCACGUAUCUCAUUUGUGAUUCGACGAGAAGCUGCAUAUGGCACAUCGCAACAGAAAUAUUUAGGAAUAAAAUUCUUCGCUCAUCCA